UUCUACUGUGAAAACAUGGUUGAAGUAAAACAGAUUAUCGGUUUUGUAACCUUUGGAUUUAGCUGUCUUAGUGUCAUCUUUGCAAUACUGGCAUUGGCUCUGGCCGACUGGGUCGUUGCAGGCACUCUUUCUGUUAGCGCGGGUCUGUGGCAAGGGUGUAUUGAUGACAUUUGUGUUACUUAUCCAGCAAGCGCAGUUCAAGGAUUUUUGCACGCAAUACGCGCGAUGGUUUUGCUCGGACUGUUCGCCAUGGUAGGUGCCACUGCGAUGACUGGCGUGCACGUGUUCUGUGCGAGGGACAACCGACUGGUCAUGUACGCCAGCAUUUGUCUGGCAGCUGUAGCUGGGCUAUUCCUUAUGAUCGGGUUCGCUAUUUUUGCUGACAAGUCUCACAUGUCUCAGGAUAUGACGGUUGCGACCUUUGGACCUUUGGACCCUGUGCAUUGUUGCAUGGCUCUCUGCGUGGGUCGUUGCUAUCUUAAACGGCAUAGUGGUGUUCGCCGGGAGAACAACAAACACCAAUAGUACGAUCUGAUGUCACACCAACCAAAGUGGAUACAGCAGCGGUUGCAUGAUUGGGGAGAAAUAAAUGUCAUAUCUUGUGAUAACAAAACGUUAAUAUCAGUUUUGAAUGACUGGAAAAAAUGAUAGUGCUAUCGUGACCAAAAUAAUAAUUGUUAAGUGAUUUGAAAGAAACGAUAACGCUUUCUUGAGCAAAAAGUAUAUCCGUUUUGCUUUUGUAUUAAUUGGGCUGGACAAUUGAAUCAAUUAAAAUCGGUGGCUUUAGGUAGUUUUGUCAAGUCGUACAUUUCGCAUUCUGACACGUUUUCAAAACAAGCACUCAUAUUCAUAAAUUACCAUUGAUAACAUUAAAUGGAAUUACAUUUUUAAUAUAUUAAGAUUAUGUUUAAUAUUGAAUGUUAAACCAAAGAAUGUAUUCUUCAAUAAAUUAACAUGAAAUUGGUGUGAAUGACAAAUUUGCAAA